AUUUGAAGGGUGGCCAGCAGGUUUGAGUCAACACCAAUCAAUGUCUUUGGUCUGAUUUUUCCAAAUUGCUAAGGAGAGGCCCGCACAAAAAUAAAUGCUGAAGAAUGGAACAACUAACAAAGAAGCCAAGCAAUUACUCCACAUCCAACCUUUCACCCUCCCCCUUUAUUUAUAUUGUGAACUUCCCUUACAAUUAUCUUUCAUCUUGCAAUAUCUUCACAAAGAAUGAAAACUUUUCUGGUUUCACGGUUCUCAUUCAAUUCAUAUAUUGCAGUUUUCUUUAGCAUUAGCAACUUGGUUUUAGUAUCUGGCCAAUGUCAGAGUGAUCAGAGACAGUUGUUGCUUGAAUUCAAAAGCAGCUUCAAUUCUACAUUUACUAGUCCAGGAAAGAUGAUGAAAUGGAAUCAAACCUCGAAUUGUUGUUCCUGGGAUGGUGUUAGUUGCGAUGACGGUGGUCAUGUUAUCGGUCUUGAUUUGAGCAAUGGAAUCAUUGUAGGUGCAAUUGACAAUUCAAGUAGUCUUUUUCGUCUUCAACAUCUCCAGCGACUCAAUUUGGCUUUUAAUUUGUUCAUCAACGCUUUUCCUACGGGAUUUGAAAAGUUGGAGAAUUUGUGUUAUCUUAAUUUGUCCAAUGCUGGCUUUACAGGACAAAUUCCAGUUGAGAUUUCACGCCUGACAAGGUUGGUCACCCUCGACUUAUCUGUAAUUUUAUUCCAAAGAUCUUUGGAGCUGGAGAUGCUUGUUCAAAAUCUCACGAGGCUAAGAUUUCUUUAUCUUGAUGGCGUAAAUAUAUCAGCCACGGGGAAUAAGUGGUGCCGAGCCUUAUCGCCACUAACUGAGUUGCAAGUGUUAAGCAUGUCCGACUGUUGUCUUUCAGGACCUAUGGAUUCUUCCCUUUCCAAGCUUCGAUCUCUCUCAGUAAUUCGCUUGGAUCACAACAAUUUGUCUGGCUUGGUUCCGCCAUUCCUUGCAGAAUUCCCAAACUUAACUUCCCUUCAUCUUAAUGACAAUGAUUUGAGCGGAAGACUUCCAGAAGAAAUUUUCCAAAUACCUACAUUACAAGCUCUUGAUUUGUCAAACAAUGAAGUACUGGAAGGUUCGAUUAAAAAGUUUCCUCUCAAUGCUUCUCUUCAGACUCUAAGACUUGCACACACACAUAUUGGGGGGCAAAUUCCAGAAUCUAUCGGUAACCUUGGGCAGUUGACAAGAAUAGUGCUUGCAUUUUGUAAUUUUAGUGGACCCAUACCCAAAACAGUGAAGAAACUUUCCCAGCUUGUCUAUCUAAAUUUUUGCUCAAACAGUUUUUCUGGUCCAAUACCAAAUUUUUCAUCAUCCAGAAAUCUUACAGAGCUAAACCUUGCUGGUAAUCAAUUAAAUGGCACAAUUCAUUCCACUGAUUGGUCAGGCCUUUCUAAGCUAGUGAGUGUUGACUUACAAACAAACAAGUUAAGUGGAACCAUUCCACCAACUUUGUUUGGCAUUCCAUCACUGCAGGCACUUUUCCUUUCCGAAAAUCAGUUCGAUGGCAACAUUGGUGACCUUCAUGGUAAGGCCUCUUUACUGCUUCGUUACCUUGAUCUUAGAAGUAAUAAAUUACAAGGGCAAUUUCCAGUGUCGUUGUUUGAAUUCCAUGGUCUAGAAUACCUGUCACUUUCUUCAAACAACUUCAGUGGUUUGAUACCAAUGACUGCCUUUCAAAACCUGAGGAAUCUUUCUUAUCUUGAUCUCUCAUAUAACAGGUUGUCUAUUCAUGCCACUACUACUAAUAUUUCCUUACUUUCUUUCCCCACAUUUAACAGCUUGGGGUUGGGAUCUUGCAACUUAACAGAGUUCCCUGAUUUCCUAAAAAAUCAGACUAGUUUAAACUACCUAGACCUUUCAAAAAACAAAAUUCAUGGGGGCAUACCCAAUUGGAUUUGGAAAGCAAAAAGUCUUUCUUAUCUAAAUCUUUCUCAGAACUUUCUUGUAGAAUUCGAAAGACCUUUGAGGAAUAUAACCUCUACUCUUUGGUUUCUUGACCUGCAUGGCAACCAAUUGCAUGGGAAAAUCCCAAUUCUUCCAUUGCAUGCCAUCUAUCUGGAUUACUCAAACAACAAUUUCAACUCUGUUUUACCAGCUCACGUUGGUGACUUCCUCCAGUCUGCUAAUUUUUUCUCCAUUUCAAAUAAUAAUUUUCAUGGGAAUAUCCCUCGGUCAAUAUGCAACAGUUCAGCUCUUAAAGUACUUGAUCUAUCUAAUAAUUCCUUAAGGGGGCCAAUUCCUCAAUGCCUCUUUCAGAUGAACGUGUCUCUUGGAGUAUUGAAUUUGGGGGGAAACAAUCUCAGUGGCAUUAUCCCUGACACUUUUUCAGAAAGCUGUCAGUUACAAACCCUGCAUCUCAAUCAAAACCGAUUGGAAGGAAAGGUUCCAAAAUCAUUGGCCAAUUGCAAAAUGCUGGAGGUUCUAGACAUUGGCAACAAUCUAAUCAAUGGCUCAUUCCCGUGCCAUUUGACGAGUAUAGCCAUGUUACGUGUCCUUGUUUUACGAUCCAACAAUUUCAGCGGUCACAUUGAUUGUUCUGGAGACAAUAGUGGAUGGAAAAUGCUUCAAAUUUUUGACUUAGCAUCCAACAAUUUUAGUGGUAAACUGCAUCUGACAUGUUUGGGGACGUGGGAUGCUAUGCAGCCUAAUCGGAAUAAAAACCAAUCGGAGCUUAAAGAUCUCCGGUUUGAAGGCGAAGCACUCGAUCCAUUUUACUAUCAAGAUUCAAUAAUAGUUACCAUCAAAGGUUUGGAGUUGGAGCUAGUGAAGAUCCUGACCAUUUUCACCACCAUUGACAUUUCAUGCAACAACUUUGAAGGGCCAAUACCAGAAGUAAUAGGCACAUUCAAAGCACUUUAUGGCCUCAACUUCUCACACAAUGCUUUCUCAGGGCCAAUCCCGGUAUUUUUUGGAAACCUGCGAGAGCUAGAGUCUGUGGACCUCUCAAGCAACAGUCUAGAUGGUGAGAUCCCUUUGCAGCUGGCAAACCUCAAUUUCCUUUCAUUUCUUAACGUCUCAAAUAAUAAGCUGGUGGGUCCAAUCCCAACGAGCACCCAGCUUCAAUCAUUUUCAGAAGCUUCAUUUGAGAACAAUGUUGGAUUGUGUGGACCUCCUUUAAAGGCAACAUGCGGAUUACCACCAGCUAAAACAGACAACCCUUCGGAUGCUAGGAGCACUAUCAACUGGAAUUAUAUAAGUGCUGAGACAGGGUUUUGCUUUGGAUUCGGAGUUUCCGUUACACUUCUUAUCUUUUGGAAGAGAUGGAGGAAAUGGUAUUUUGAGCGCAUGGAUCGUGCUCUUUCCUGGCUUUUCCCUUGUUUGCCUCUUGAAACCAGAAAGCAUGGGAGGAGAGCUACCCGGAACGAAAGGAGGCACUAGCAAAGAGUAGGGACUAGGUUAAAAGAAGUCGUCUUCGUUGUAUUUUUCAGUUUUUGUAUGCUUAUACUUUCCUUGUAAUAAGAUUAUCCUGUUUCUUUUGGAUUAAAUAAUGAUGUCUACCAGCUAUGUUGUGCUUGAAACUAGGCUAGCAUUCUUACAGUUUCAGGCAAAUGAAAAAUGAUUUCACUUA